UCUUAAUUGUGGAUUUAUUGUCGUUCAAGUUAUUUAUAUUUACUCUCGAAUUAAAUAAAUACUAUCAUGUUAUUUAUAAUUUUUUUAUCUUCCACCAUAGGAUUCCAACUUGUAAAAGGAAACGAUCCUUAUGAGACUUAUCACAAUCAAAGUCAGCUCAUGGAUGCUACCAUAAGUAACAUGUUUUCAUGUUUAACUGAGUUGAAUAUUAACCCAGAUGUUUGUAAAGAUAUGUUAAAAAAAGGAGCAGAUCCAACCGAUAAGAAAUUUGAUAGUUGUAAGUGUAUUGGUCCAUGUGUUGGUCAAAAAAUGGGAACGAUGAACAAAAAAACAGGUCACUGGAAUAUAACAAGAUUUAUAGAACUGGAAAAGUUGAUUGAUAAUGAAGUUCUCAUGAAAGAAGCUAAACUGAUAGAAACUCAUUGCCAAGACGACGUGAAUACAUUUUGUGAUGCUGGAUUUGUAUUGGCUAAUUGCAUUUUAGAACAUUCAGCAAUGGCUAAAGAAAUGUUACAGAACUAUAUGGAUUCAAACGAUUCCGGUGAUCAGAAAGAAGAGAACCGUUAAAUAUAGAUGUAUACCAUAAUUAAUAUAAUACAUUUUUGGCAUUUUAAAUUAUUUUUAAUCUAUGCUAAGUAUUUGAUAAAAAAUAUAAAAUUAUUUAGGUAAAAAAAAUUAUUCUCUUUUUAAUACCCCUUGAUUGUAUUUAUUAUAAUUUGUGCAAAAUGUGAAUAUUAAUACACCAAGAUUCAACCUAUAUAUUACUUUUUGAAGUUGAGUUUAAAAAAAGUAAAACUAAAAUGUUGUUUAUAUAUUCUUUAUUUAUUUUUUAAUUUAUGUUAUUAUUAACUAUGUUGAUAUAAAAUGUUGCGAGG